CAUAACAUCGAUGAAACCAUUCAUGGUGCAAAUUUUCAAAGCUUACAACAGCCCCAUUCUAGCCGAUCAUGCUUGAAAAUUAUGAGUUUUCUGGAACUUACAGCGACUGUAACGUUGAUGCUAGUGAUUAGAUUCAUUGGCAAGCGGCGAAUUUUAUUAUUUUGUGUGUCGAUUUUAUUCGUUUGCUCCAGCAUCGUUGCAUGGUAUGGAUUCACUUUUCUUCCUUUUGCAUACACUUCCUUCAAUCAAGCCAAUCGUGAACCAUACAAAGUGGAAAACGAAUGGAUCGGCUACAUUCCAUUUGUUUGCUUGUUAACAUUGGGAUAUUUCACAACGUUGAGCAUUACUAGAAUUCCAUGGAUGCUCCUUUCAGAACUGUUUCCAUUUAAAUCGCGAGGAAUCGCAUGCGGUGUGGCUUCGGCAAUUUUCUUUGUUUUUGCUAUCAUUGGUUCAAAGACAUAUUAUGACUUGGAAACAGCAAUCUCUUUGCCGGGAGUUUCAAUUAUGCACGCCUGCAUAUCUUUUAUUGGCUUAAUAUUGAUGUACAACAUUCUACCGGAGACGGAAAAUAUAACAUUGGAAGAUAUUGAACUGCAUUUUUCGGAUAAUUCCAAACGAAUCAUCGAUCGAAAGAUUGCAACUACCCAACGAUAA